AGCGCGGCGCAGCCCCUGCGCCCCUCGCCGCUGCUGCAGCUGCGCUUUCCGCCGCCGAGGACACCUCCCCGCCGCCGAGCCUGCCUGCCCGCCGCCAUGCUCUCCGCCCGCGUCCCGCUCGCCCCCAUCGGGGACAAGCAGCUGCGGGUCUCGCCGCUGAAGGGGCUCAGCCUCGCCGACAAGGAGAACACGCCCCCGGGCCUGAACGGGACCCGCGUCCUGGCCAGCAAGACCGCGAGGAGGAUCUUGCAGGAGCCCGAGGAGCCGAAAACUAAAGUACCCGUCCUGGAGGAUGAACCACUGCUGAGAGAAAACCCUCACCGCUUUGUCAUCUUUCCUAUCGAAUACCAUGAUAUCUGGCAAAUGUAUAAGAAAGCUGAGGCUUCCUUUUGGACGGCCGAGGAGGUGGAUCUUUCCAAGGACAUUCAGCACUGGGAAGCCCUGAAGCCUGAGGAGAGAUAUUUCAUAUCGCAUGUUCUGGCUUUCUUUGCAGCGAGUGAUGGCAUAGUGAAUGAAAACUUGGUGGAGCGAUUUAGCCAAGAAGUUCAGAUUACAGAAGCUCGCUGUUUCUAUGGCUUCCAAAUUGCCAUGGAAAACAUACAUUCUGAAAUGUAUAGUCUCCUUAUUGAUACUUACAUUAAAGAUUCCAAAGAAAGGGAAUAUCUCUUCAAUGCCAUUGAAACGAUGCCUUGUGUUAAGAAGAAGGCAGAUUGGGCCUUGCGUUGGAUUGGGGACAAAGAGGCUACCUAUGGAGAACGUGUUGUAGCCUUUGCUGCAGUGGAAGGCAUCUUCUUUUCUGGUUCUUUUGCAUCGAUAUUCUGGCUCAAGAAACGAGGACUGAUGCCCGGCCUCACAUUUUCCAAUGAACUUAUUAGCAGAGACGAGGGUUUACACUGUGACUUUGCUUGCCUGAUGUUCAAACACCUGGUACAUAAACCGUCGGAGCAGAGAGUAAAAGAAAUAAUUAUCAAUGCUGUUAGGAUAGAGCAGGAGUUCCUCACUGAGGCCUUGCCUGUGAAGCUCAUUGGGAUGAAUUGCAUGUUAAUGAAGCAGUACAUUGAGUUUGUGGCAGACAGACUUAUGCUGGAACUGGGUUACAGCAAGGUGUUCAGAGUAGAAAAUCCAUUUGACUUUAUGGAGAAUAUUUCACUGGAAGGAAAGACUAACUUCUUUGAGAAGAGAGUAGGCGAAUAUCAGAGGAUGGGAGUGAUGUCAAGUCCAACAGAGAAUUCUUUUACCUUGGAUGCUGACUUCUAAAUGAACUGGAGAUGUGCCCUUAAUUUUGCUGAUUUUUCCUUCUCAUCAAAAAAAAAAAAAAUCAGCUGAAGUUUAUUAACCCGCUACACUCUGAAUUAUCCAAAAUAUUCAUUAACACCAUCUUUAAAACUGUGUAGCUACCUCAAAAAUCAGUCCUGUUUAUUAAUAAUACUAGUAGUAGCACCUAGAAGGAAAGAGUAUUAUAAAAAUUGUCCGUUUUUACAGGCUACGAUUUCACCAUAACAGUAAGAGUGGCAACCUUGUCUUUAUAUCGUGGAGACCCUAGUGAGUGUGGCCCAGCAGAAUUAAACAUUCACUUAUGCCACAAGGCAGUUGAAAGAUGCAGCCUCCCUGCUUCAGACCAUAUUUUAAAGUUUACUUAACUUGUUUGUAUAUAAAACUUGCACUUUCUCAAAGAAUAACAUUGUUCAUACUGUCAGGUCUAGCCUGAUUUAUUUGGUUUUUACACCAAAUGCAAAGUAUUCUGUUUACUACCAAUAAGAGCCAAUUUGAAAUUUACCAACUGACUAUUACAAAAUAAGUUAAACCUGUGUAGACUAAGCAUGCCAUUUCUAAGCUUUAUUUUCUUUAAUGAAUUGAAAUACUCUUUAACCGACUUUAAAGUCAAUCCUGGGCAUACCUAUAUAUUAGUCUCUUGGUGCUACAUAGAAGACAGGUUGUGUUCUUUAUCCUGUAGCCUGGGUAGAGUGUUGUGGGAUAAAAGAUAAAGGGUCAUCUUUUAGGGCAAGGAUCUUCUAACCCAAAUCAUUAGGAAUGAUGAUCUGGGCUGACUGCUAGGGGCCUGGUUUUCAAUAUGUAUGAGGGGGAGAAAAUACAAUUUAUUUUUUUAAAUUGAAUUUUCCCCAACUUCUAGCUGAUAUGAAAAUAUCCUUGAAGAGUUUUCUUAGGUGGAGCCUAAGGUAUUAUUGUAAAUUUUAUAGUCAUCCUCGAAUGGAAUGACUCGCCUAAGAUCUUGCUCUUGUUAAGUGAUAAAAUCAGGAUUGAAGUUGGCUCUCCUAAGAGUUGUUUAUUCUGCUUUUGUUUAAUUUGCAUAUAAGUAUGUACUGUUGAGAGUUAAUUCAUUUAUAUUUACUAUAUCAUUUAAAUUGGAAAAUAUUUUUUUAGUGUGUAUAUCCUUUUAGAUUUUACCUAUAGUUUAUGCUUUGAGAUAAAAGACCCAAUAGUGUCUUUAAGUUCAUAAUUGACUAAACAUUGCUUUAUGCAGUUCCAACAUUUGUCUAAAUCUGAGCAUCAUCUGGUAGAUUCUCAAACUUCAGUAGAAAACUAGCGUUGUAUGAGUUAUUAAUAAUCCAUUUAAAUUAAUUUCAGAAGAUAGCAUAAGCUAAUAGAUAUAGAACUAGUUUGAAUUAAUCUGCCUUUAUGUUUGGAAAAAUAAAAAGCUGAGACAUCACAUGGAAGAUGAUGCAUGAUAACAUGUUCUUUUGGCCCCGUUUGUUAACUGAUUGUAUUGUAUAUUGGCUGUUUGUCCAAUGACUUAUUGUUAGUUUCCUUCAUUUACUGUAUAAAUAGUCAAUUUUGAA